UUAAGGACAACUGUGAUCCGGUAAAAGGGUGCUCAUAGGUAGUUCCACAAUGCCAGUGUAAAAAUGUAACAGUUGCUCCAGCUGUUAUUAAUCAAAGUUGGUGGGAGGGAACCCGUAAGGGAGUCUGACAGAAACUAUGCCAGUCAACUGCACUAAGGUAGACUAGAACUUCGUUUUAGCUAUCCGUUACCUUCUGGUUCAUCUUUUAUAUGACAUGUCCAAAGAGUGCAAUAGUUUACACAAAACUAGUAAAGCGAUCUGCGGAUAAAAAAUGUUAACUUAUGCAGGAGAUAAUGUUGUAGCCGAUCAGGUAUGACUGACAGUAGUAAAAAGGGCUGAAGUGGAAGAUGGUCAAGGUAGCCUUCACCAACAAUGAACAACAUGGUCUAGCUUCGUCCAAGGCUGAGCCAGAGGAUGACAUGGGACAAGUAGGGUGGGACAGACUUCUAUCAGGUCAGAUAAGUCACUGACAAUUGCUACCGUAACAUUAUUGGCGGUACUCAUUUGUGCGGCUACUGUCUGGACUCUGUAGAAUCGAGAUCCCAAGCUCCAGCAGUAAUCAAAUCAUUGCUUCUAGCUGAUGGCUGCUGCCUUUUUGCCCGCGAGCAGCUGUUGCUGAGAGGUUCGAGCCAGGCCAGCCGGUGUUCUGCGACACGAGGAGACGCGGCUUGGAUCACAAGUAGGAGCAGUGCGCAGGCGCUGUGUUGGCCAGUUACUGUAUAUUCAGUAAGAAAGGGGGACCAGAACCAAAUCCAGCAUUACAAACAGCAAACACAUUAUAGCAGAAAUAAUAAAAUACACGUAUAUUUAAAAGCUGGCAUUCUUUCGGGGGGGCAACUGCAACAACAGGUAGGUAAAUAGGUAGAUGGUUUUUAUUUGUAGCUGUCUGCUUCGGUAAAAUGAUGGCUGCUUUUAAAUAUUCAUACAAAGGCAUCCUCAAUAAACUGCAUAAUGGAUGUAUACAGACAAUGCAUCCUUGAAAGCUUUGCAUAUUUAUUGUUCGACUACUGCGUUGCAAUGCGAUGUCUCAGAACAUUUUUCUGCAACGACUUUCAUGUUGGUACCAAAUGGGAUUGUUCUUCAGAACGAGAAAUAUACGACUUUGAAGAAAAAUGCAGUGACAGAGAUCGGCUAUAGCGAUUUUACCAUUUGUACUGCCUCUGGAAUGUAGAUGGCAUAUCAUACGUUUCUUUGUUUUUGGAGAUGCAUGUGUAUGCAUUAUCACUUGAUAUACAUUUGUCGGUGCAUCGGAUAAGAUCUGAACAGUAAAGAGUAUAAUUUCGAUACGUUUCAGGGUGUAAGGAUGAAUAAUAAGGGCUAAUAAAGGUUUUUAGGGGCGUGUUGCGUCGAGACUGGACCAAAAUAUGAUGCAAGACUGGAAGCCUGCUCGCUCCUUUUGUGGAAUAUAAGUGCCAGUACCAUGUAUGCAUCGAAUUGCUCCCUUUUGACAUAUAUAGAUCAUGAUACUUGACUGAGGUACGCUAAACAUCAUCCAUCUAUGGCGAACUAUAGCCAUGCAGGUGACAACAUUUUACACAACCUUUCUCCACUAACGACUUUCCUCAAAUUGACUUCAUUGGGUUUUAUCAUCGGAAUCGGUGUUGUGGGUAAUCUCUUGAUUUCUAUUUUACUAGUAAAAGACAAGACCCUCCAUCGAGCUCCCUACUACUUCUUGCUGGACCUCUGCUGUUCGGAUAUCCUUCGAUCUGCAAUCUGUUUCCCAUUUGUAUUUACGUCUGUGAAGAAUGGCUCUACCUGGACGUAUGGGAACCUAACCUGCAAGGUGAUUGCUUUCCUGGGGGUCCUUUCUUGUUUUCACACUGCUUUCAUGCUGUUUUGUGUAAGCGUAACCAGAUACUUGGCAAUAGCACACCACCGUUUUUACACUAAAAGGUUGACUUUUUGGACGUGCCUUGCAGUUAUCUGCAUGGUGUGGACUCUUUCAGUGGCCAUGGCCUUCCCACCCGUUCUAGACGUGGGAACAUAUUCUUUUAUCAGGGAGGAAGACCAAUGCACAUUUCAGCAUCGUUCUUUUAGGGCUAACGAUUCACUGGGAUUUAUGUUACUUCUUGCCCUUAUACUCCUAGCAACACAGCUAGUAUAUCUUAAGCUGAUAUUUUUUGUUCAUGACCGGAGGAAAAUGAAGCCAGUCCAGUUUGUGCCAGCAGUAAGUCAAAACUGGACUUUCCAUGGACCGGGGGCUAGUGGCCAGGCAGCUGCUAAUUGGUUAGCAGGAUUUGGAAGGGGGCCUACUCCCCCAACACUGCUUGGAAUUAGACAGACUACCAACACCACGGGUAGACGGAGGUUGUUGGUGUUAGAUGAGUUUAAAAUGGAGAAAAGAAUCAGCAGAAUGUUCUACAUCAAGACGUUCCUUUUUCUUACCCUGUGGGGACCCUAUUUGGUCUCCUGCUACUGGAGAGUCUUUGCAAGGGGUCCCGCGGUACCACGGGGGUUUCUGACAGCAGCUGUCUGGAUGAGCUUUGCACAAGCUGGAGUUAAUCCUUUUGUCUGCAUUUUCUCUAACAGGGAGCUGAGGCGCUGUUUCAGCACAACACUUCUCUACUGCAGAAAAUCCAGGUUACCUAGGGAACCUUAUUGUGUUAUAUGAGGAUGUGUGGGGCUGCAAAUCCGAUAGCUUUGUGGCAUGCAAGGCCCCUUUCAAUCUACAGUGGCCACCCAACAAAGUCCAGUGAGGAAAUUUGGACAAGAGGAAGUUAGCCAUUUAAGGAUGUUUCCGCUUGUUUAAAAAUCCUGCAAUAUUUGCAGUUAGAAAAAAAAAACAUCAACAUCAACAACAAAAACAACUAGUAGUCCUAUUGUAAUUACAUUGUUUCAAUUGACCUCUGCCUACAGUUUGCACACAAGAGCAAAGACCCAUACAUUAUCCAAAUAAAAUAAAAAUAAACGUGAUCAUUUGGCAUAGAAUCAGCACGACGCACGUACAGGAGAAAGAGCAAGUAUAAUGAAUCGAAUCUCCCUGUAUGAUAGACAAAGAGCAAAAUUAAUGCUGGUUACUUUGUGGAAAAGAUAUCAUUGUUGACAUCAGGAGCUCGAGAAAAUUACAACAUCAGUAGAAGAUUUUGAAAGGUUGUUGUUGGCAAUGGAGAAGAAAUGUGAGAUGCAAUCCCUCCUCUGCAGGGUGCGCCACAAAUGAAAGACUGACCAUUUUGUACAAGCAGUUCUUUUUUGAAUUCCAGUAAGUUUUGUGAAACAUUCCAAAGCAGAAAUUUUAAGUUAAAUUUAUUUAUGUAUUUUGUUCAGGGAUAUUACAUAUUAUAUAUCUGCAGUAUUUCUCAGAAUUCCAUAUCUGUCAGCAACAUUGAGGUUAUUUAUUCAAGUCUUGGGUAUUUGUCAUUGUCCCUGUCGUUUGCAAUUGAAGAAAGUUGCCAUUGGGGGUUGAAAUAUUUCAGGUAACAUACAAUAAAAGCUAGUUUCAGGACAAUCGUGAUGUGUCAUAUAGUCACAGCACUGUCAUGGUAAAUACCUGUUUUGUUACGGGUUUAAUUGUAUCUUCUAUUUGGUUUAAUUUUGCUCUGAAGAGCACGACGCAUUGGAUCGGUUAUAUAUGGGAGUGCAUGAGUGUUGAUCUGCAAGUCUGUCAUUUCCUUUAACUCAGACUUGUUCCAGAGAUUUGGAUGACCUCAUUCUUUUAAUGUGCACUGCCCAUUUUAAUAUUUUCUGAGCAACACAAGCAGCUGAUUUACAGUGCUUUCAAGCUGUCACGUGGAAGAUAACAGCCUUAGUAUGAUAUCUUGCACAAUAUGUGAAUCAUUUAUUCCACAGAAAAGGCACAGCGUCUUGCAUAUUGUUUCCGCACAUUUACGGUAUACCAGUUGUUUAAAAUGAUUUCUGAUUUUAAUGUGUGGAAAUUAUUUAUUAUAAUUUCUGAUAUUUUAGAAAUAGGAACAGAAUAAAUGAGUGAGUUCUUAAUUUUUUUGACAUGCAGAUGUGAGUGAAUUUCAGUCUAUAAUUUAAUUUGCCAAAUUUUACUUGUGAAAACUGUUACUUCUUUUUUGAAAUAAAAUUUUACAAGUAUGGGAUAUAUUUCCCCCUUCUCUGCUGAUGUCCUUAACAAAUUUCAUUGAACACAUAGAUAUGUAGAGUACUGUUUCCUGGAGUCGCACUAUGGCUGGAAUGUUAAUGCAGUGGUGAUGGCCAUUGCAUCCAAGCUUUGACCCCAGAUGUUACAGGCGUGUAGCAUAAUUAUUUAUUCAAAGAUUACAGAAUAGGCUUUGCACAUAUUUGACAUUUGCAACAGUUUAUACUGUUUUGUGCCAACUGUGUACCAUUUUUGAUUUAUGACAAAUUAAAACAAAAAUGCAAACUAAAUUAUCAGAAUGUGAAGGUGGAGUCAAAUAUGAAAAACAAACCUGUUUACCUUACAACGAUAAGCAUUCAUUUAUUUCAUAGAGUGAAGAAAACAGAGAAAGAAUAAUAUAUGAACAUAUCAGAUAUUGUUGGUUUUCAUUUAGAAUGUUGUGGUGUGUGACCCUGAAAUAAUAUUUUUUAUAUCCCUCCAGUCUUCAGAUAUAUGUGCAUUUUGUUUCUUCAUGAUGUAGUGGGUCAGAUCUCUGCUUUUUCACCAUGAGAAGAUGAACCAUGUUUAUUUCAUCUUCCCAAGAAGGCAGUUAGGUUAACAGGAAAACGACUAUAGAAGCUUUACUGGGAAUGAAUUGAAGGCCUAAUCAGCAAAUUAUGAAAGCACUAUUUCAUAAAUGAAUAAUUAAAAAAAAACUAAUUGAUAAUUUAAACUGGUGUGACUAUCUGUUUACCCAUUUAUGUCUGAUUUAUCUGUUGAUUGAUUAACUGUCCACACUUUAUAAUAAACACAUAUGUGUUUUUGAGCUAGAAGGGUGAGGGAUACUCUGCAAUGAAAGAAAGAAAAAAGUGCACAGAGAAAACAUUAGUACUUCUGUGUUUUAACAAAUGUACAAAUACUAUGCAGAAUGAUUUGUACUGCCAUUUUACCUUUAUGAGAAAAUUAAAGAUGUAAAAUAGGGACAUAUAUUUUAAGCAAA